CCAGCAAAAAAAUCGGUCCCCGCGCGCGGCGCGCAUGGCAGAGUACGGCCCCAGCAGUGCCACGGGGUUUUCUACAGUACCUUGCGCUGCGCCAGGUCACCGUCCGACCAGUUCCGCCAUCUAUAGCGAGUCUCCGCUCGCGCUUGAUCGAUUUUGCGCUGCCUUUAUUUGAGCUCAAAAGCGACGCCGACGCCGCGAUGGCCGAGGCCCAGAUUCCCUGCACCUACACGCUGAAAGAUACCAAGAAAGAGUCAAACUGGUCCUACGAGGACGGCGCGCUCCACGUCAAGAACCGCCUCGCGAUCCUGAGGGACGAGAACGGAAGUAAAAUAGGCGAGUCGCUCGUGCUCACCGCCGCCCAAAAAGCAGCCCUGGAGGCCCUGGGCUGGUGCGGCGGCGAUCGGACUUGCGACGACGAGCUCAAGCUCAAGUUCCCGGGCACCGUCACGUGCUGCGUCCAGGAGCGCGACGAGCCCAUGCCGCCGCCGCCGCCGCGGGCCCGGCGCAAGGCCGCGCCUUUGGCUCCAAAGCCGGCGAAGCGCUUCAAGCAGUUCCGGCGGCCCGCCGCGCCCGUUGCUCAGGCGCCCGUUCAGGCGGAGGCGGAGGACGACGAACCCUCGGAAGAAAAGAAGCCGUUCGCCUUCCUCGCGGGCCGGAACUACGGCGUGCGCCCGCGCGACGCGCCGCCGCCGCCGCGGCCGGGCGGCUGGGCCGCGGCGCCGCCCGACGCGCCCGUGCGGACGUCGCGCGUCGUCGAGCGCUGCGACGGCGGCUUCGACGACUCCUGGCUCGGGUCGGACUCGGACGCGUCGGACGACGAGGCGCCGCCGCCGGCCGGGACGCGCUACGACGGCGGCGGCUACGAGGCGCCGCCGCGUCAGGACGCCUGGGCCGCGCAAGACGCGCUGCCGCCGGCCGCGGCGCCCGUCGCGGACGACGCCGAGCAGGCGGCCCUCAUCGACGCCAUGCUCGACGGCGCGGCGGACCAGCCGGCGGCGCCGCGGAACUUCGCCGCGCCCGCGCGCGUGGCGCCGCCCGCGCCGCCCGCGUUGUCGCCGCCGCCGGCCGCCCUGUCACCUCCGAAGCCGGCGCCGCCGGCGCCGCCGCGGCGAAAGCCGAUGCCGCCCCUGCCGCGGGCGCCCGUGCCAAAGCCGCCCGCGCCAAAGCCGCCGCGCCGGGCGCAACCGCCACCACCGACGGACGACGACGACGACGCCUUCUGGGCGGCCGCGGCCGACGCGGCGUCGCGGGCCGAGGCCGCCGCGGGCGCUACCGCGCCUGUCGCCUUCGAGGACGCGAGCGUGACGCGCGAGCGCCAGCGCCGCGAGCCGCGCGGCCCGCCCCUGACGGGCGAGGAGCGGCGCCAGCGCGCGGCCGACGCCGCCGACGCGAUGUAUAUAGAUGGUUUGGUGACGGACGCGCGGCGCGCGCACCCGACGGCCGCGGCGGCGCGCAGCACGGCCGGCGCCCUCCGCGCCGCGUCGGCGGCCGCCGCGGCCCGGGCGCCCGUGAUCCAGCGCCGGGGCGAGGACUCGUCCGACGACGACGACCUGCUCGGCGGCCCGCGGACCGCGCGCAAGCCCCCCCGGCCGCCGGGCGCGGCCCUCGACGAGCUGGAGGCGCGCACGACGGCGACGCCGAUGCGGCGCACGGACGCACGGGCCGCGGCGGACAUCGCCGACUCGUGGCUCGCGGCGCAGGAGAGCUCCAUCCAGAAUGAUGGAGCGCGGCCGAAGAAGACACCGUCCUCGACCCUGCCACAAGGCCGGGACGACGAGUUGAGAGCACCAGAGGACGACGUCCGCUCCUUCGUGGCGACGCGGCUUUCUCGCGCGAAGACGCCGAAGACGCCGCGCACGCGCAAAGAAGCCCUCGUGGAUUUGCUGGUCGAGCCGGACCUGCACACCUACCGCCAGGCGCGAGCUUUAGUGGGCAGCGGCCUCGAGGCGGCCUUCUACCACGCCGCGCGCGGCGCGCUCGCGGCGGCGAACGACGACGCGACGCUCGACAAGAACGUGGUGAAGCGCGCGGGCCAGGUCCUCGCCGCGGCGCGCGACGGGACGCUCGUGGACGAGCUGCGGCGGGGCGAGCGCGACGACCAGGGGCACGUGUUUACGUAA